UAGAGUGGGCGGGGCAUCUCGAUCGGGGAUGAGCUUUAAACAUGAGAGCAUAACCUUAGGGUUGUGUUCCCUAUCACUACAGUCCGUUUCAAACUCAAAAAGCGCUUCCAGCUGCGGGGGUGUAUGAGGAGCAUCAGAGUAAAGAGUUUUACCUCGAUCAGGUAGCGAAGGAGGUAAAAGUAGGAGUGGAAGAGGGGGGGCUGUGGUUGGAUUUAGUGAAAGAAAACAAUAUGGCCGCGGUGGAACUGGAAUGGAUCCCUGAGACCCUGUACAACACCGCUAUCUCAGCCGUGGUAGACAACUACGGCCGAUCGCGACGGGACAUUCGCUCUCUGCCUGAAAAUAUACAGUUUGAUGUUUACUACAAGCUUUACCAGCAAGGCCGGCUCUGCCAGCUGGGAGGGGAGUUUUGUGAGCUGGAGGUCUUCGCUAAAGUCCUCAGGGCCUCUGACAAAAGGCACCUCUUACACCACUGCUUCCAGGCUCUGAUGGACCACGGUGUGAAGGUCGCUUCAGUCCUGGCCAACUCCUUCAGCCGCCGAUGUUCAUACAUCGCAGAGUCAGAUGCGCACGUGAAAGAGAAAGCUAUACAGUUUGGCUUUGUUUUAGGUGGCUUUUUAUCAGAUGCCGGUUGGUAUGGCGAUGCAGAGAAAGUCUUUCUGUCUUGUCUCCAGCUGUGCACAUUACAUGAUGAGGUUCUUCACUGGUAUCGUGCAGUGGAGUGCUGUGUGAGGUUACUUCAUGUGCGUAAUGGCAACUGCAAAUACCACCUGGGAGAAGAGACAUUCAAACUGGCCCAGUCUUACAUGGACAAACUAGCCAAACACGGCCAUCAGGCUAAUAAGGCUGCCCUGUAUGGAGAAUUAUGUGCCCUGCUAUUUGCCAAAAGCCACUAUGAUGAGGCUUAUAGGUGGUGUAUAGAGGCUAUGAGGGAGAUCACUGUCGGCUUACCUGUGAAAGUAGUAGUUGAUGUUCUCAGACAAGCCUCUAAGGCUUGUGUUGUUAAGCGUGAGUUCAGGAAAGCUGAACAACUGAUAAAACAUGCAGUUUUUUUGGCACGGGAACAUUUUGGGCACAAGCACCCAAAAUACUCAGAUACACUACUAGAUUAUGGAUUUUAUCUCUUAAACGUGGAUAAUAUCUGCCAGUCAGUGGUCAUUUACCAGAUUGCACUCGAUAUUCGGCAAUCCGUGUUUGGAGGAAAGAAUAUUCAUGUUGCAACUGCACAUGAGGACCUGGCGUAUUCGUCCUACGUCCAUCAGUACAGCUCUGGAAAAUUCGAUAACGCACUAUUCCACGCAGAACGUGCCAUAGACAUCAUAACUCACAUUCUCCCUGAAGACCAUCUGCUUCUAGCCUCGUCCAAGAGGGUGAAAGCCCUAAUCCUGGAGGAGAUUGCCAUCGAUUGUCAUAACAAAGAAACAGAGGAACGCCUCCUGCAGGAGGCCCAUGAUCUGCACCUCUCCUCUCUCCAGUUGGCCAAAAAAGCCUUUGGAGAGUUUAACGUUCAGACGGCGAAACACUACGGCAACCUGGGCCGCCUCUACCAAUCCAUGCGCAAAUUCAAGGAGGCAGAGGAGAUGCACAUCAAGGCCAUUCAGAUCAAGGAGCAACUGUUGGGACAGGAGGACUAUGAGGUGGCUCUUUCAGUGGGACACUUGGCCUCGCUCUAUAACUAUGACAUGAAUCAAUACGAUGAUGCCGAGCGUCUCUACUUGCGUUCCAUCGCUAUUGGCAAGAAGCUGUUCGGGGAGGGUUACAGUGGACUGGAAUAUGAUUACAGAGGCCUGAUAAAACUGUACAACUCAGUUGGAAACUACGAGAAGGUCUUUGAGUAUCACAAUAUUCUGUCCAACUGGAAUCGUUUAAGGGACAGGCAGUUUGCAGUAGCCAACGCGCUGGAGGACGUCAACACGAGCCCGCAGGUCACAGAGCAGGUGGUGCAGUCUUUCCUGCUUUCCCAGAGCCACGGUGCCGGACGCUCCUGCUUGGGCUAACGGCAGGGAAGCCUAUCGCACUGCCCACCUGAAACAUAUAGAUGUUCACACCCACCUACAUUUCACUCCUUCACGCCCAUUUAUUCACAAGUAGUCAAGACGGGCUGGGAGUGUGAUCAUCACAAGUUCUUGGACUGUCAAUUCACUUGUACCAGUCACUUCCCAUGCCCAGUUUCCCUAAAAUGGGAAGAAAAAAAAACAUGACAUCUUUCCGACCAUGCGAACACUCUUGAUGGAUAAGCAACCAUUCAUUGAAUCGGUUCACUCUUCUCGCGACUUCAAAGAACCAGACCAUUUCUCUGACUUCAAGUGGAGUUGAAUUAAAAAAAAAAAAACAGAGGUCCAACAAAGACUGAAAACGCACCCUCUGUUAUUUUUUAUUUUGUAUUUGAAGGAGAGUUGUUCCACACUACAGAAAUUUGUGCUUGCACCCACAGAAGGAGAUUUGACGAAAUAAAAGCUCCGCCGUUUCUAUUACCGAGUGAAGGAACAUCCGUAGAUGUCCGUGUCCCCAUUAACACGAGGAUUAGAGCUUGACUUCAUGUAAUGCAAAGCUUUGCAUUUGAGGAUUACCUGUGUGCUCUCUGGAAAAUGAGACCAGCCAUGUUACAUUAUGGACCAUUGUGUUUAUGUUUGCUUUUUUAUUAUUAAUUCAUGUCAUGUGUGGAAUUAAUGGACCAGUGGGUUUACGAAUGCUCUAGAUACCUUGUUUUAAGUUCAUUUCUGGUUUUGUAUUCCCUUAGUACUGACAUAGCUUAUUUUAAACUGCCAAUAAUUUAUAUGCAAGGUAUGCUACAACUUGUAGGUGUAACGUUGCAAACAGAUGAGCCAAAAUAACUUCUGUUAAUAAUUAUAAUAAGUGUGUGACCACAGUAAAUUGCCAUAAUAUUACCUAAACGGAGUGGGAGGACAAGUUAACAAAGCUGGCUUUCUGUCAUAGCAAAGCCUUAUUCAUCCACACACACAAUAUAAGCUGGAGCGGUGAUGGAUACGGGACCAGGUUACCCAGGUCUUUGUUGUUUUCCUUUCAGAGCUCGGCCCCGGGUGGCGUAGAUUAACACCCCUGGCCCACUGCCAGCUGACUGGACACACCAAAAAAAAGGGCUGAGUGCAGCACCUGUCAUUGUAAAACUGCGGGAUAGUGCGCAGGGGUGUGAAUCCACACAGUAGCAGUGCAAUAUUUUGCUGAAUGCACCUGUACCACACUCCAAAUCCAAUCAGUCCGACUCAUUUCACUGCCGUUCCUUUGUCAAAUAUCCAAAAGCCACUCGGACUCGUAACCAAGUUGACAAGAAGAACAUUUCAAGUUGAAUGAGGACUGUUGCGAUCAAAUUGGCAAUUCUUUUUUUUUCUCACACCUCAUAGUGAACUCAUUGCUUUUUUGCUGAAACAAAGCCUUGCUUCAGGCUAGUCAUGUAGAAUGUGCUGUUAACGUCUUGCAGCUUUUUUUUAGCCCUCGAUCACGGCUGCAGCACCAGGACCCCAGCUCGAGCUGAAGUCCCAGCCUUAGUCUUAAAGGACUCUCAGCUGGUGGGGAUCUAAUUUGUCAGCCUUUUUCAAAUAGCUUACUUUGGCCGAAAUUUCAAACACCUUUCGCCCUGUAAACCGAGCAAGAGAUCGGCUAGAACAUGGGACGUUAUUUCACUCAUUAAAAAUCCCUUUAUUGUUAAGGUUGGGGUUUGAUUGUGAAGAAUCAGGCACUCUCAACACCAUAAAGACACAGCAAGGGAAGGAUGGGAAUUUGCCUUGGUUAGAGAGAUGGAAUAUUGAAACAAAUAAACUGUGAUCUUGUAAACUUGCUAUAAGUGCAUUUCCAUUGACUAUAUUAGUGGAGUUGUCAUUUCAGAUGACAGUUUGAAUAUCAGAUGUGAAAAUAAUGCACAUGGGAAAUAAGCUUGGUGGAUGUAGAAAGAAUUGCGUAGCUCUGACUGCUUCCUUCUGAAUGUCGAUUCAAGGGCUCUUUCGUCAACCUCAAGUGGCAUUUCAUAAUUAGAAAGAUGGUUGAUCACUGUUGAUCAAAUCCAUACUGGUUUUUUUUUAAGUCAGAAUAGGCCACAGUCCCCCAAAAAACAAAGGUGCUUAUGGGUCAAACAUUCUCUUUCUUUGCAUGUUUAAAUAAUUGUAUAUAGAAGUAGAUGCAUAGCUACAAGUGGUUUUUGUCCCAGUGAGCUCCAUAGUGACAGAAAAACAAUCUUAUACUGAGCAGUUAAUGUCCCACGAAACAAGAGAACAAUGAACUUUGCGACUCAAAAGUGAUCACAGCAAUUAAUAAAAAGCAUCCUCUGACAAUAACAGCAAUCCUGUCUCUACAACCCUUCUCUUUUCUUCUAAAUCUGCCCUCAGAGUUGAAGAAUGUAUUUACGGGUUGAUAACAAUAAAGUGGGGCCUUUUUGAUGGUAAUUAUCAUAAAUGAAGUCAUUGGACGUGCUGACACGUGUAGAUUGUGAUAUAGCCAAAGUGCUGUUUCAGACGGACAAUGGCGUUCCUUUAAGUAACGACCUAUGAGUGGAUGUGACCUUUUUAUGAUUUUGUUUUAAAGACCUGUUCCUGUCUAUAUCCAUUGGAGACACUCUAGGAGCGUUUGGCUAAAAAAAGGAGGAAAAUUGUGUUGUUUAACAUUGAUAUACUGACUGUUACCCUGGAGAUGUCAGUAACCUGUGCCACAGUGAGCCUCUGUUUGGAUAUUCUUCAGUCAUUGGCUUUAUGUAACUCACUCCCAGUAGAGUCUGCUGUACAUUGUACAUCUGUAACCACCAAAUCAUUAUUAAACUCAUUUGUAUCCACCAUUGUGAAAAUCUGUAACUACUUCUAACACAAAAAAACAAUAUAGAGCUGUUUUAUAGACCACAAUGAGCAAUAUUGCUUCUGAAGUAUUAAAAUUGCUUUAUUUUUGGCCUUUACAUGAUUAUUCUUCACCUGUUUCUGAAGUCUGUGAUAUGUUUGAGUCUAUGACUUGAAUGCAAUGAGAUCCUACAAAAAACACUCGUUCGGGUGUAUUGGUGGCUGAACAAAAAAUUGAAUAAAAGACUGUACUCAGCA